AUGGGUGGGAGAUCAGGCAAGUUCGUGGUACCUCAUACAGCAGAGAAGACCGAAGACAGUCUUCGUAAACCUGAUGCUGUUGAGCAAGUUAAAGCGUUGGAUAGCGAACAGUCAGUUCAACACACAGAUGAUGUUAAGCUCGAAAAUGGUCACAAAGAGAGGUGUUCCCCGGAAGAAGAAAACCAUGAACAGGCAAACGGCGAUGUGACGAAGUCAGACGUCCCACAGAAUGAAGAUGCAAAACGGACCAAGAAAGGAAACCCGAUAUCACGAAUUUUACGACGUAUAUCCAGAAAAGGCUCUAAUCUUAAAAAACACUCAACCGACAACACUUGUGAAAAACCCGAGGAUACUAAUAAUGACGAGAAACAAGAAGUUACCACAACUGAAGCACAAUCUCCUGAGUGCACAGCAAAUAGUAAUGUGGAUCCCACUCCAGAUAGUCCUGUCCUACUAGUUGCAGACAACCUAGUUCAAGAUGUUAUCAUUUCUGCCACUCAAACUCGUUUGGAAGAAAUCCAAGUCUGUGAAGUGAGACCGUAUGAAGAAAAUUAUAGUCACACUGAGACAAAAAAUGAUACUCAAGAAUCACUCUCCGAGGUAGAAAUUUCACAUGUCAGUUCUUGUGUCAAUGAAUCUUAUGUAAAUGGUGAACCUGUAAACGAAAGUAUAGACAAAUCUGAAGAUGUUCUGGUAAAUGGUGUUCAUGCACAUGAAGAAGUGAAUGGUGUGGAUUGCAACAAUGCCGAUGGAUAUGUUGAUAACGUAAUCCAGUCUAAGCUAGCAAAUCUGGAACUGAUUAACGGACAUUCUGAAGUUAAUGGAUUUCAUUAUGAAACAAAAAACUCAGUGAUGGUAUCUAAUGAUUACUAA